AUGAAGCAAUCUAUUUUCGCCCCCCUCGUCGCUCUUGCGGCUGCCUCAGUUGGUGUUCAAGCUCAUGAGAACUUGAUCGCUGUCCCCGCCAAUCUUUGUGCUGCUAUUCUGGGAGAGGCCAAGUGCAACAGCGCUGCUUUCGCUGAUGGUUUGAUCAGUGUGCCUAUUAAUGCUUGCAUCGCUGCACUGGGAUCUGCCAAAUGCAACCAGCUCACUGCUCGCAGCAGCUCGCUCAUCAGCGUCCCAGUCAGCCUUUGUGCUGCUAUCCUGGGAGAGGCUGAGUGCAAGUCCACUACUUCCACUGAUGGUUUGAUCAGUGUGCCUGUGAAUGCCUGUGUCGCUGCUCUUGGAUCCGCCAAGUGUGACCAGGCUACCUCCUCCAGCGGUAGCGGCUCGCUUAUCAACGUUCCAAUCAACCUCUGCGCUGCUAUCCUCGGAGAUGUUGAGUGCAAGCAAAAGAGCUCUUCCGGCGGUCUGAUCAGCGUGCCCAUUAAUGCCUGCAUCGCUGCUCUUGGCUCUGCCAAGUGUGACCAGGUCUCUUCUUCCAGCGGCGGCAGUGGUAGCGGCAGCGGUAGCGGCUCGCUCAUUAACGUCCCCGUUGAUCUUUGCGCCGCCAUCCUCGGAGAUGCUGAGUGCAAGCAAAAGACCUCUUCCGGCGGUCUGAUCAGCGUGCCUGUUGAUGCGUGUGUCGCUGCUCUUGGCUCUGCCAAGUGUGACCAGAUCUCUUCUUCCGGCAGUGGCAGUGGUAGCGGUAGCGGUAGCGGCUCGCUCAUCAACGUGCCUGUUGGUCUCUGCGCUGCCAUCCUCGGAGAUGUUGAGUGCAAGCAAAAGUCCUCCUCCGGUGGCUUGAUCAGCGUCCCCAUCGACACCUGCGUCGCUGCCCUUGGAUCCGCCAAGUGUGAUCAAGCCUCUUCUUCCACCGGCAGCGGCUCGCUGAUCAGCGUUCCUAUCAACAUCUGCCUUGCUGUCCUCGGUGAGGUCGAGUGCAACCAAUCCUCCUCCGGUGGCUCUGGCAGCUUGAUCGACAUCCCUAUCAACCUCUGCCUUGCCGUCCUCGGCGAGGCCGACUGCAACAGCCAAACCGCUACCACUCCCGCUGGUUCUUCCACUCCCACCUCCCCCGCCGGCUCCGGCUCCGAGACCACCACCAGCACCGUCGGCGGCUCUGCCCCCUCCACCACCGAUGUCUGGACCGCUCCUACUCCUGCUCCUUCCUCCCCCGCCUCCUCUGCUCCCUCAGGUCCCGUUGUCCCCGGCUCCGGCCCCUCUGGUACCGCCCCGGCUGGUUCUUCUCCCUCCGGAACUGCUGUCACCUCUACCAUCGCCGAGACCACAACUAUCUGCCCCGGCAACGCUGGUAGCUCUGGCUAUCCCGCUGGCUCCGGCUACCCCACUGGCCCCGGUCCCCACGGCCCUCACGGCAGCUCCACCAUGCGCCGUGUGAUCCCCACUGCCUCCGCCGGUGUCUCGUCCACCGGCCCUUGGAGCACCCCUGCCCCCUCCAGCACCCCGGCCUACAACGCUGCUGGUCGUGCCACUUUCUCUGGCGCUGCCGUCAUCCUCGGUGCUCUUGCCGUCGCUGCUCUGCAGCUGUAA